AUUUAUUGUAAAAAAAUUUUAAAUUCUAUAAAUUAAAUAUGAGUUUAAAUACGUAUUUGUCAUAUACAAAUGUCAUUUAUAAAGAAUCAACUGGAUUCACACAUUAUCCUUAACGUCGAGAGAAUUGAUUUCAAUGUAAAAAUAAAAAAUGCGAACCAAUUCCAUGGAAUUAUCGCAGAAGCCUUCGAACAUCUUAAAGGGCUUGAUCAUUUAAACAUUUGUAAGUAUAUAAAUAUGCUAAGGCUGGAAGGGAAUACAUACCUACUCUUUUCGGAAGGUUAUUCUCUAACACUAAGUGAGAUAUUUAACACACAUUGUGAAGAAUAUAUAAAAUCUAACUUUUAUACAAUUGUUAACCAGAUUCUAUUUGGACUACAGUAUCUACACUCUUCAGGAUUUUAUCAUGGAAGGUUUUCAUUGGAUUCUGUGUGUGUUUCAGAUGAAGGAUUGGUUAAAAUCUCCGGAUAUGGGACCAACUAUUUAAAUAAAGUGGUAAGCUAUAUGAUUAGGCAAGAGAAUAAAGAAUCUAAUCAUUCAUACGACGAUAAUGGAUCAUAUCAAAAUUAUGUUAUGAACCCGUUUAACAAGGAUGAUAAGAAUUAUUUGAUGGACUAUGUUAUCAACUCUCCAUAUUUAAUCAACCUGUUACCUUAUAUGCCUCCAGAACUUAUAUUUUUUCACAAUUCAGAACCAAAAGGCCAUUUAUUCUGGUUUAACGUAGACAUAUGGGCACUGGGGAUUUGUGUACUUUUUAUUAUAUCAUACGUCGUUUCAUCCAGUGGUUUGUAUAAUGUCUCAGAUACUAGUACCGUUAAUGACGAACAGAACAAUAAAGGAAACUUCAAUACUAACGAAAAUAAUAGUAUUUGUAAAAGGGGGCCAUAUUUUGAAAACCUGAGGAAGCUGUUUAAUUCAGACGAAUCGAAAUCAGAAUUCGUAGAAUCUUUCUUUUUUGUAACAUAUUUGCUUAUUUUAAUAAAUAAAUUCGAGUCAACGGAUCCCAUUUCGGCACUUGGUUUAGAUAUUGUAAAGAUAUUAAAUGACAAAUUCAAAUUAUUGAUAAAAGAAAAUGAACCCUUGGGUGAUGUAGGAGUGGUUUCACAGAUUUUUAAUAAUGUUAGUACUAACUAUUCAGAUUCAAAUAAUACUGAAAGAGUUGAAGAGGAGAUUGACCAUGAUAAGGUAAAAGUACAACCUGACUGUUUAGUUGAGGCAGCGCUUUCUCUAUCAAUUGGCAUCUUAACAGGAAGAGAAGUUUUGAGAAAUUUGAUAUCAUUUAACCAGAAAACAUUUAGUAAAAAUUCUAAUUCUGAGUCUGUUUUGAGAGAUUUGAAUUAUUUAUUAUCACUGGUAAAUGAUUGUUUGGUAAUAACAAACCAUAAGAGGCCUCCAAUAAUCGAGUUAAUCACUAAGAAUAACAUAUUGAAGAUGCCACCAAGAAUAUUGAGUUCCACUGAAAUAAAGUAUUCUUGGUUUACAUAUAGAGAAAAAACCGAAGAUUCGCAAUCAAUAAGUGAUUUCUCAGUACCAUAUUCAGUAGAAUUACUGAAAGAUUGUCGAUUAAAUCUUUCGGAGUCUGGGUUCUUUAUCAGCCAAGUAGGGUUGGAGAAUGUACUAUACUACUGGACAUUACUAGGUAAUGAUCCCCAAAAUACAAUACCAUUUGAAUAUAAGAACAGAAUAAAUACGAGUGAUGAAGAGGAUACAUUUAAACAAUCUAAUUCUGAAGCCAAUUCUAAAACUAGGACUUUGGAGUAUUUUAGAAGAUAUAAAGUUGGGAAAGUGUUUCUGGGAGAACUUAUCAACCACGUUAAACUGGCACACCUCUUCCCCAUGGUAAUUGAACAUCAGCUUAGACCAACAUGUGUGUAUGCAAGACAACACUGUUUUAUUUACCAGAUAUUAAGAAUACGACGUUUUAAAAGACUAUUAAACAACCCAGUAGAGAAUAAAAGACAAGUUUUUGCAGAAGCAAUUAUAGAUAUUCCACCCCCUUUGAGAAAACAAAUUUGGUGCAAUUUGUUAGAUGUCGUGUAUAGACCAGCUAAAAAAGAUUGUCCAAUCAAUUCAAACUAUAAGUUCGAAGCAUUACCUUCGGAUAUGGAACAAAAUCUUAAUUUUUACAACAAUGACCUACUCUACUCAACAACCAAUUUGAACAAUCUGUUGUCAAGCAUAGAAGACUUGAAAAGGAAGAUUAUACACCAGCAAGUUCCGAAUUCAAUAUACUCAUUUGCAAUUCCGCUGUUACUGUUGUACCACAACUCUAAAGUAUACUCAACGGUUCUGGACAAGAUGUUCUCCAAAUAUUUAAAGGAAUUCUACUCACCAACUGGCUCAUUCGUGAACAAUUAUCUGAGUGAAUUUAGUACUAUUUUGAAUUUCUUUGAUCCUGAGGUUUCAUAUCACUUGAGAACCAUAGGAGCUUACUCUGAUUCUUAUGCACUACCGUGGUUCAUGUCGCUGUUUUCAGAAAACACCUCGGUAGACCAGCUGUACUUAAUAUGGGACUCAAUACUGGUACACCCGAAACAAUACAUAAAGUUCCUGGCGGUUAUGAUACUACAUAACAUAAGGGAGAGAAUUCUAGGAAUUGCUGAUGCAAGUGUGGCAAUCUCGUUCAUUUCCUGCGUUGUUGACUCACUUAAUGUCCCUAUGCUGAUGUACCUGACAACACACAUGUUUAACACAUGGUUUGAGGUUAUGAACCCUAAAACAGCAAUAAAUAAGCACAAUAUGGUGAAUACUCAGGAAAAUUUAAAUCAGAGUGAAACAAACGAAUUGAAAUCAGAGUCAGAUACUUUUACACUAGAUAAGAACACAUUCGUCUUUGUAUCCGAAGAGUACCCAUUCGAAAGAUGUUUUAAGCUCUCAAUUGAUACUUUCUCGAAUAUUUUUAACAACUGCAUAAUAAUAGACCUCAGAUCAAUAGAAUCAUACAAUUUAGGGCACAUCCCAAACUCAGUACAUGUAAACAAAGUCUUCUCAGCUCUUUCUGAAAGUGAUAAGAAAGUAGGAUCAAUAUCUCUCCAGAUAUUCAAUACUGAAAAUAACACAGCAAGUGUUGGAGGUCAAUCACAGGUGAUUUCAAGCUUAAUUGGACUUAGAAACACAACUAAAACACCCUGGUUACACAUUAAUUCCCCCGAGAGUAAUAAGGUAGUCCUGGCAGCCGGAGACGGAUAUGAUAACGAUAAUGAAAUGUUAUGCCUACAGAGACUUAUAUUUGAGUUCAGACUACAACAUGUGUGUUAUUACAGAAUUAACACAGAAGAAUGGCCGAAAGUGUUUACACUCUCUAAAAUCUAA